AUGAGAACCAACCCACCUAACAUUCCGGCCCGCCACGGCAGACCAUCUGGACAAAAUAUGAAUCAUGCUUACCCUGAGAUCUGCAACCCUAUUUCUCAAUGUUUAGAUAUAACUUUUUUGCAAGCGACAUUGAGUGGUUCCUACACCGUAGCUUCACGACGUAUUAUCUUUUUCUCUUCUGUGGGAAAUCAAUGCUACAACGAAAAGGAUAGGAAAAUAGAUGAGAACUUCAGAAAAAUGAUGGCAAAUAUCUGCUUUGGCUUGAGCUGUAAAAUCUCGCAUUUUCUUCAUUCAUUGUUGAAAAUCAUAGUAAAAACAACAAAUGACAACAAAUGA